AUGGAAUUUUUCCGCCAUACCGUUGCAGGCCGGCCGAAUAGGCCAGAUCUAGACACUCAAAUUUGGUCAUUUUCCACUAAUCUUCACCUCCAAAAACUUGACCAAAUUGAGAUAGAGAGAGUGUGUCCUUCCCAGGAGUCAUGUUGCGGACCAUUUCUCUCGCUCGUUCUUCUCACACCUUCUCCCACCGGAUUCCGGAUUCCGGAUUCCGUAUUCCGGAUUUUGGAUUCUGGAUUCUGGAUUCUGGAUUCUGGAUUCUGGAUUCUGGAUUCUGGAUUCUGGAUUCUGGAUUCCGGAUUCUGUAUUCUGGUUUCUAGAUUCUGGAUUCCGGAUUCUGGAUUCUGGACUUUCCGGAGAAUAAUAAUAGCGUUGUAA